AUGCAGCUCAAGACAGGAAGUCCUCUGAGACACUUCGCUCAUCUAGGAGGCCUUGGGCUGUUUCCGGGCUCAUUCGGUUGUAGGCGCCAUUUGAAUUUGAAAUUAGCUCCAAUUCGAAGGCCUAGAAACCUCGAUCCAAUCCACAAUCUAGUCCAGUUAAAUAUCCGCUAUGUCCUGCAUCUACUUCCACUUCCUCCAGAAACAGGAGGUUGCCCCAGGAUCCACAUUUCGCCCGCUAACUGUCCCAAGAGGAAACGCGUGACAAGGCACAUUCCGGAAUAUCCACGGCCCUAUAAAUAUUUCAGAAUAUCCGCGGCCCUAUAA